AGAAUAGAGAGCAGAGCAGAGCAGUCAUAAAAGACUCGGUAGCAGCUAAGAGAAAGACACAAAGGUAAAUGAAAGGUGCUUUACUAUUUAUUUAUUAGGGUUUUUCUUUUUUUAGAUUUAUUUUUUGUGAUGUUUUUAUUGAGAUUUGCGUCUUCUUUGUCUGUGUUCAAUUUGUUUUGUCAAGGUCGGUUUAAUUGUUUAUAUAUUUAUUUACUUUUUAUUUUUUUCCACCAGGUUAUACUCGUAUGUUACUGUUAGAAUUACAGUAUAACGCUAAUUUAUUUUUUAACUGAUGUAGUUUUGUCUGUCGUGUUAUGGAUUGAGAAAUCGUGACCAUAGAUUUCUAAUCCCUUUUAAAACCCUAUUAUUUUCUUCUUCUCUUUUUGCUUCUCUGUAUCGCCGUCCUAGAGGGCUUUUCUCACUCUAUUUAUCAGUAACUCAUCCAUCUUUCUCUCUUUUGUUUCUCCGCUUGAAGGCUUUUGUACACUCGUUGAGUUUAGCGAAUUUAUGUCGGCUAGGUCUGAAUUGGCUUGGAUUGGGGCUUUGUCUAAGCUCUGGCUUUUCUCUUCUUCUACAUCAAAUCUUUCUCUCUGCUUUCCUGCUUCUCUCUGCUGCUCUGUUGUUUCUUGCUGCUAUAUGCUUCUCUGCUGUUUCCAGCAGAGCUUAAAUCUGGGGUCUCCGGCUGUUUCGAUGCGUUUGAGACCAAAAAGGACUUGUUCUGGUGUCGAGUGUUUUGGGGCUUUUCACAUAAAGAGAUUUUUUUACCUUUUCUUGUUCUUGAGAGGGGCUCUCACUUGAUACCGCCUUGAUAGUCUUGAGAUUUUAACUUUUUCUUUUAUAUAUUUUGUUUUCUUCAUCAACUUUCCUCGAGGGGUUUUGCCAGUUCUUUUUUUUAUUCCGUGAUGCCUGAGCCCAAAAAACACCCUUUGAACCAAAGUAAAUCUUUCAAAAACACCACCAAUAUCACAUCAAUGUUAACUGAGGAGUCCAAAAUGAGAAAAAUCCGUGUCAUUUACCAUGAUCCUUAUGCUACUGAUACUGAUUCGAGUGAUGAUGAAUCAGAGAGAUAUAUUAAAAGAUCUUCCAAGUCAAAACGAUUUGUUAGAGAGAUCAAUCUCCCUUUUGUUGGUUUCCCUCAGUCAAGCUCUGUUGAGCCUGAAAGCUCCUGUCAAGACAGUAACAAUAGUGGCAAAACCCCCAAUAAGAAGAGAAGGGUUUUGGGUGCUAAAACCCCAAAGCCUGCUACAACACCAACAACUACUGCUGCAGCGACAACCAAAUCCGCACUGAAAAAGCCUGUUGGUGUUAGACAAAGAAAGUGGGGUAAAUGGGCAGCAGAGAUUAGAAAUCCAUUAACCAAAGUUAGGACUUGGUUGGGUACUUAUAACACUCUUGAAGAGGCUGCUCAGGCUUAUGAGGCAAAGAAAAGAGAGUAUGAUGCUAUGACUAUGGCAGCCUCUGAGAAGAGCCAAAACAUAUCUUCUUCUGUUGAAGAAAGCAACAAAACCACCAAACACGGUGGUCUUGUGGCUGUUACUACUUCUGAUGAUACUGAGAGUGUUUUAUCGCACACUUCUCCCUCCUCAGUUCUUGAAUUGGACGCUUCGGCUGUGUCAAAUGCUAAUAAUGCUGAAGACCCCUUUGAUUUUGUGAUCAAAGAAGAAGAUGGUUUUGAUACUGAUGUUAUUGGAGAUCUUGAUAUACCUGAUUUGAGUUUUAUGGAUGAGCAAUUAGGUUCAUGUUCAAUUGAUCAAGAUCUUAACUUGGGACUUAAUUUUGGGAACUUGAUUGAUGAUUUUGGGCAACUCUAUGACGAUUAUUGUGGCAUUGAAGAUCUUGAGAUUUGUGGGUUAGACAGCGAUGAACCAAGCGCGCUUCCUGACUAUGAUUUUGAGUUUGGGAAUGAGGAAUUUACUUAUUUGGAUCAUCAACUACAACACCAGCAGCACCAGUUACCCCUAAAUAUUGCAUGCCCAUAAGUUUUGUAGCUAGGAGUUUUGUUCGUGUUUAUUAGUAGUUUAUAUUUAAAUUAUAUUACAGUAAGAAGAGGUCUCAGGGGCAGAAAUAUAUGUCCUUGAGAAUGGUUUUGUGAGUGAGUUUAAUUUAUUGUUUGUUAAGAGAGUGAGAGGCUGGGAUGUGGAGCUGUUUUUGGUAGAGUGGUAAAAGAGAGAGUCCUUUGGGUUUUCCUGUGCUAUCUGAGCCGUCCAAGGGAUUCUGAAAUGUACUGAGAUUGUUUGAUGUCUGCUGGAUUCUGAGGGUUUUGCUCACUCUUCCCUCUCACUUGUUCAUGAAAUGAGAUCAAACUUCAUGUGUUCUGAACUAA